AUGGGACCAGCUGUCAAGAAGGCGAGCAAGGGAAUUUUGUCUGAUGUUCUGAAAUGCCUCACUAACAACAUAAAGCACAUGAGAGAAUUUACCUUGGCUGUUGUUGAUAAAAUGGUUGCUGGAUUAAGUGACUUUGUGGAUGCUACACAUUUACUGAAACCUGCAAGUAACCGCAGUGAUGGACCAACCAGAAGAUCUGCGAAAAAUAGUGGAAGGAUGCCUUUCCGAGAUCUGGAGAGUCAGUGGACAAGACACGAUGGAAAUGAAUAUCAAAGAUAUAAAAGGCUCAUCACUAGCUCUUGUGCUUGAAAAAGCAAGACCAGGAUUUGUUCAAGCUUCGGCGGGGCCAGUAUCAAAAGGUGUUUCAAAUAUUCCAUAAUCUACUUCUAGUGAGCUACAACACUUAAGGGGCAAGAUAUCAAAUUAAGUAUGGAAUCGUAUUCUCGAAGACUUGGGAGAGCCAAACAGUUUCUUAGAUACUUCAUAUUAAGGUCUUUUGGUUACCAAAGUCGUCAAGGCAAAUCCCGUAGUCCAGAACAAAUGAAG